AGAAAAUAUAAUUAAAAUGGCAAGAGCAACAUAAUAAAAAGCAACCAAAAAAGGAAAGAAUGCAGGAGCAUCAAGUCAAAUAUUUAAUUUAUUUUAGAAGCUACAAAGAAAGUUAAGAAAGUCACUAAAAAGACAACUGAUGCAACUCCAGCACCAGCUCCAGUAACAACAACAACACCUGCACCAACCACCACAACACCAGUUGCUGCUACUACACCUAAAAAAUAAGGAAAACAAGCAGCAAAACCAAAGAAAGCUACUAAUAAUGCCACAAAGAAGGCUGCCAGCAAGAAAUAAACCAAGAAAUGAUUAGUUAUUCAAGAAUUAAUCUAUUAA